AUGAAACGUUUCAGAUACGACAUAAUUGGUAUUUCUGAAGUACGUUGGACAGGAAAAGGUGAAACACUGAAUGGAGACUUCAUCUGGUCAGGAGAAGAAAACUCACAUUGGAGAGGUGUAGGCUUGUUACUAAGUACACAAGCUAAAAAGGCAUUAAUAGGAUAUAAUCCAAUUAGCUCACGAAUAAUCUCGGCAAGAUUCGAUGCAGCACCAUUUAAAAUUUCAGUAAUACACGUAUAUGCACCAACCUCGUCAUCUUCAGAAGAAGCUAUUGAAGCAUUCUAUAACCAUAUCGAUGACGCAUUAGCAAAGACAGAUAAAAAGACAUAA